AUGAGCAUGAUGGCCCAGGGGCUACUGGGGUCUGGUCGACUCCUGCUGUCUGGGCUGUCCCUGGGGCUGCGGCUAAGGGAGGCCGGACGCGGGAUCACCCUCCGACAGUUUGGCCAAACACGGCGGCGCAGGGACCAGGAACAGGACCAGGGAUCGGGUCUGCCUGCCACCAUCACGUUGCACUUCAUCUACCAGGAUGGACGGAAGGUCACCGUCUCCGCCAAGGAGGGCGAGAGCCUACUCCAGGUGGUGAUGAACCACGGUCUGCACAUCCCCGGCUUCGGGUCCUGCGAGGGCAUGCUGGCCUGCUCCACCUGCCACCUGAUCCUGGAGCAGGCGGCCUACUCCAAGCUGCCGGGCAUCUCGGAGGAGGAGUUGGACAUGCUGGACCUGGCCUGUGGCAUCACGGACACGUCCCGGCUGGGCUGCCAGGUGAUUGUGAGGCCGGCCAUGUCCGGGCACACGUUCCUGGUGCCCAUGCAGGUCAGCGAUGCCCGCGGGGAGCCGCGGGAGCGGGAGCGGGAGCAGGAGCCAGCCUGGAUGGAGCCGACCUAUAGUCUCCUGCCACCCGCCGUGCCGAUGGCACCGACAGUGAUGACUCUGCAGUCCCUGCCCCUUCUGCCCCGAAGCCCCCCGGGGCCUUCAUCCUUUGACCCCCCAACCAAACCAGGAAACCAGAAGAGUCGGGGCAUACAGGGCCCGAGCCCCAACACCCCCGGAGCGGUCACCGCGGCCGUGACCGCUCCUCCGUUUCGGACCAACAUCCGUACAGGCCCCUGA